GGUCUAACGGAUGAUCCAUGUAUUUCAGGUGAGGAGCAAAAGAAGGGAUCCACCUAUUCGGUUCCAAAACCUAAGGAUAAGUUGAUGGAGAAGCAUUCCCAGGAACCCAGGCAUGCAGACAAGGAGUCGGAGAAGCCUGUGGACAGCCUCCACCCGGGGGCCGGGACAGCCAAGCACCUGUUGUCGGCAGCUUCGCUGGAAGCACGGAAACCUUUCCCAGGAAGGCUUCGCCUGCCCAGCCUCUCUAGGACACACUCAACAGUGCAGAUUCCCCAGGGGCUGGAGGGAGCUGUGAAGCACAGCAGUGGGCAGGACCUCUACCAGCCACGGAAGUGGGGGAAGGAGGACCGCCUGUCGGAAAGGCCCCAGCAGUGUCUGUCACACCAGAGGGUGUGGGAGGAAGGUGGACAUGAAGGGAAAACAACAGAGCAAAAGUGAGGACAGAGUUCAGGAGAGAAGAUGAAGUGUGCACGCUCUCCACGCAGUGAUGGCCUGCGCGACAGUGAGGAGCAGGCUGCUGACUCCUUUGCCACACCGUGAAGGAUCCUGAAGGUGGGACGCUAAGUGAGAAAAGCCAGAGGAAAGACCACUCAUACUGCAAUUCCCUUUACAUGAAAUGACCAGAAAAGACAAACACAUUGCAGAGAGAAGCACGUGAGUGGUUGCUGGGCAGGAAUGGGAGUCGACCACAGCUGAACACAAGGGGCCUUUGGAGGAUCACAGACGUGGUUUAACCUGAAUCUGAGCCUGGGAAGCAGUGCAGUUAGCAGUCCUGGUCCCUAAGCCCUUCCUACCCAGGAGCCAGACUUAUGAGUGAACAAGCCAGCAGUGAUUCCAGGCUCUGGCUGGAUCCUGGAGUCAUCUCAGCUUGGGGCGUGCACCUCACGGGGAGCCAGCAUCAGUGUCCAGCCCCAAGAGCCGCCCUGGACAUCUCAGUGAGUCUUUAGAUGCCUGCAGCUGCCUGGGCACCCACAGGUGAUACCUGUCCUGCCAAACCUGUCCUGAACCCAUAAAAUCCAGAGAAAAGCAAGUAGUUAUUUUAAGCUGCUGAGGCUUGGGGUAAAUUACUAUGGAGCAGUAGUGACCAGAACAGAAGGGCCCUGAUGGGGAGACAGUUUGGCCAUGAGUUAAUCACUGUGGCAGCUGUGGGGAUAUUGAUAUGGCUUGGCUGUGUCCUCACCCAAAUCUCAUUUUGAAUUCCCACAUGUAGGAAGAACUGGGUGGGAAGUGGUUGAAUCAUGGGGGCAGGUCUUUCCCAUGCUGUUUUCGUGAUAGUGAAUGAGUCUCACGAGAUUCGAUGGUUUUAAAAACGGGAGUUUCCUGCAUAAGCGCUCUCUGCCUGCUGCCAUCCGUGUAAGACGUGACUUGCCCCUUCUUGCCUUCUGCUGUGAUUGUGAGGCCUCCCCAGCCAUGUGGAACUAUAAGUCCAUUAAACCUUUUUCCUGAAUAAAUUA